GCAAUAGUAACGUGUUUGCUUAUCAUUUGACUCUUUCAACUGAUAAGCUGAUAAACUCUCUUCAAGCUCAAUCCCACUCCGAGAAAAAAAGUCACACUAAAAAGUUGUAAUUACUUCCAAGACAUUGGCCUUUAACAGUGAAAGUGCAGUGAAAGUGAUUCAGUGUUUUACCUGCAUUGAAGAUGGAUCGUUGGGUGAAUAAAGUGGCUGUUGUGACGGGAGCUAGUUCGGGAAUUGGUGCAGAAAUCGCCAAAGAUUUGGCAAAAGCUGGAAUGAUUGUUGUGGGAUUGGCCAGGAGAGUUGAAAGAGUUGAGAGUCUGAGGCAAGAAUUACCAGAAUCAGCUCGAAAGCUGCUGCAUGCAGUAAAGUGCGAUGUUACAAGUGAAGAAGAAAUCGUCAAGACUUUUGAGUGGAUUGAAAAGACUCUUGGAGGAGUUGAUGUCCUCAUCAAUAAUGCUGGGAUUGGGAGUAUUGAUAAGAAGCUCGUGGACAGUGGAAAUUCGGAUUUGAUCAAAAAUACUGUCAAUACGAAUCUUCUGGGAGUUGUUUUCUGCACCCGGGAGGCUUUUCAGUCAAUGAAGAAACGUUCAGUUCCUGGACACAUUGUCAACAUCAAUAGCGUCCUUGGACAUUCAAUCCCGAUGAUUCCCAAGGAAUUUGGUACUUUCAACUUCAACGUGUACCCAGCAACGAAAUUUGGCGUGACUGCUCUCACGGAAACCUAUCGACAGGAGUUCUUUAGGGAAAGAUUUGGCGUGAAGAUCACCAGUAUCAGUCCAGGCACUGUGCAGACAGAAAUUGGACCGGCUUUCAGUGAGAAAGCCCUCAAAAAUAUUCCCCAUUUAAUGCCUAAAGACAUCUCAGAGGCAGUUCUCUAUACUCUUGGUACCCCACCUCAUGUCAAUGUCCAAGAACUUUUGAUAAGACCAACUUGCUCUUUGUAACUUUUCCACAGUGGAAGAGUUUUCGCUAUUCUUGCCAUUCCAUUGCAAAAUUAAUUAAAAGUGAUGAUGAGAUAAUCUAAGUGUCAUCAAUCCCUUUUAUGAAUUUUUUUAAAGACAUAAUUUUUUUUUGAAUUUCUUGAAAAACAAUUUUUUGUAUUGCAAAUACUUUUUUUUCUUCGAGGUUCCGGGGAUAUGCAACGUAAUACAAUUCUAACUUGUUAAACAUUUUUUUUUUCUUAAUAAAAACUUCUUGGAGAAAAA